UCUGUCACACUCGGGCUGCCCGCCCAAGCAGCUCCUCUGCCUUUGUAGUUAUUUAGAAGACAAAGUGAAAGUAAAAGUGCUUCUCUAACAGGUUGGAGAUUUAGCUUUAUUUCAGUGAGGACGAAUCAGAAAAACAAGAAACAAUCAGGCUGUUUAUUAGCUAAAUAUCUGUAAUAGUUUAGGGUAAUCCUCAUCCAGGGUUCUGAGUCUUGGAUGCUUCGAAGAGGAACCACUGGAAGGUAUUUUCUGCUGGUUUGACUCAGUGAAUGUAUGUGCAGAGCAGCUGGUUGUACUUUGAUUGUAAUGACGUACUUAGUUUCUUAUGCAUGUUCAUAUUUUCAUUUUCAAAUGUCAAACAGUUCUGACUGACACUUUGUCUGUUUCUGUUUACCCAGAAACAUGUCCCAGCAGCGUGAAACUGGUGAGGAGAUCUAGUUUACAGAUUAAACUCAGAACAGGGGCAACACACACAACGUUUUAUGCAAAUAACGACCGUCUGUUGGUGGAACAAAACGCACUCAAGUGUCAAGGCUUGGGGAGAAGGUUUUAUGUCUUAGUAGCAGGUAAAACCAACGAAGCUCAUCACUCCAUCGUUGACAAGCUGAAGAGCGCGGGCCAAGUUGAAGCUUAUUCUCCUACAGACUGUGACUACGUCCUGGUGAUCUGUCCAGUCGCUUCACGCGUCCAGACAGACAUCAGAGAGGCUCUCAGCAAGGCUCCGAAUGAUAAACCCGUCAUUCUGGUGGUGAUGCAUCACACAUUCAACCCCAACCACAUCAUAGCUGAAAGCAGGAGGCAGGUGCAGCACCAGAACGUCCGCCUCACCGUGGAUUACUUUUUCUAUCAGAGUAAAAUCCUCAACUGUAACCGUAAUGACAUAUCAUGGCAUGAAAUCCAGAGGUUUCUCGGCAUUCCAAUUUCCAGGAACGCUUUCCUGCGAUCUCUGGUUGAAGGUAUAAAGAAACGUAAAAAUGCCAUAUUUAUUGUCACUGUCCUUGCUGUGUCUGUAGCCGUUGUCACGACGUCCAUCUACAUGAUUGCAUCACAUAAAUAUCCCUGACCUGAUUAGAUUCUUUCUUUAAUAAAUUUUUAGUUUGUCUGAAACGUCUUCAUAGGAUGAGAACUUUAUUGUUGGAUGAAGAAAUGUAAAGGCAGAAAAUCUGAUCACUUUUUAUAACUGCAACGCAACAAAAUUAAUUAAUUUCACAUAUUUCUAUCUAAAGAUGACCUAAUAAAUAAAUUAUCCUUGUAGGUUAAUGUAAAUGUUGCUUUAGUUUGAUUUUAUUAAUGCAUAAAGUUUAUGCAUUUGGUCACAUUACAUCUUUGUUAAUAAGAACAAAUAGAAAGUUUUUAAACGCCUUCGACAGCUGGGAUUUGGUCAUAUUUUUAGGAUGUGUAAAUAUUCAAAGAUCUGCAGAUUUUUUGUUUAAACUAAGUGGAAAUCUGCAGUAUUUAUAUCGGUUUUUACCUAAAUGAAGAUUGAAAAAUAAAAAUUUCUGAAAACCUU